UCUGACUGCAGUAAAAUGUCCUGCAGUAGCACUGACCUCUCGGCUGUCCCGGGUCAGGAGCUCCUUCUGCUCACCAUGCAUCUGCUCACCAACCCCGGCACCUCGUUGCUCCUCCAGCACACUCUGGACCGCCUGCUGAAGUGGGUCCAUCCCGGCCUGCGCCUCUUCCACGUGUCUGAGCGGGCCUGUCCUCUUCAUGACCACACCAGAGCUAACCAGCGCCCCGCGGCUGGCCACCCCUCACACGCCGUCACCAUAUUCUUACACGAGUCUUACGGAGAGGAACGCAUUCUCAGAGUGCUGGACUUCCUGCAGUGUCCGCCCUGGCAGUACCACCAUACGGAGAGCUGCGGCACCAGAGAGGCCGGCGUUCACGUUAACUCCCCGUCCAGCGCCCUACUGAGGCCUUAUCUCCUGCCCAGCCGGGACUUCUACAGCCUGGGUGCGGGGAUGCCGGUGUGGGGUGUGCGGCCGGUGCACUACGGAGGAGAGGUGGUGCGGGUGACUUUGCACAGCACCUAUGAUAACUUUGAGGACACUGUGCGUUUAUAUGAGACGGUACUGCAGAGGAGGGUAGAAGAGCAGAAGACGGGCUUUUGCUGGUUCACGCUGCUCACAGAAGCAGGCUUCAGCCUACAGCUGGCCAUCAAGCAGCUCGCGCCCGGGGUACGAGUGGAGCCGUGUUACUCCAUGGUGCUGCAGUUCAGGGUGGGGGAGAUCGGACAGCUCGUGCCCUUACUGCCCAACACCUGCUCACCCAUCAGCGCCAGCCGAUGGCACACCGAAGAUCUGGACGGCAACAAGAUCCUCUUUCAAGUUAAGGCUCCAGCACAAGCCCAAGGCUUCCUGAGGUCUGCGUUUCCUCUGAGCUGUCCCAGGAUGCUGCUGAGGAGCUGUGCAGCUGCCAGACCCCCUUCCACCUCUCCCUGCAGGAGGACGUCCCAUCUGAAGGAGCACGCUGAGGACCGCUGUCCCCGCGGCGUGAGGUCAGGAAGGGAGUGCGCUGGGUCAGACGGCACCCGCAGCUCUCCUCCAGGAAGCUCCUGUUACUCGUCCCAGUGCAGCAGCCCCGCAGGCCUGUCGAUGAACUGGUACGAGCCCGCGAUAACCUCAGAAACCUCCCUAACCCGCCUCCGGCUGGAAGAGGAGGAGCCGGAGAUGAAUGUGGACACGGGUUGUGCUGUGAAGCCGCAGGCCGCUUUAGGAGUGUCUGCUCUGCUGACUCUGUCUAGAGACCAGAAACACGUCCUGGAUGAGCCACGGUGGACCACUGACGAGAGCGCAAAGAGCGUCCUAGCAGAGACACAAGCUUCACAGUGUCACAGUCGACCUCAACAUGCACAAGUAGAUGAGUUCUUCAUCUGACUGUUACCAUUCACUCAUUUGUUUGGAAAAGCAGCACACAUUUACAUGAAUGCAUUUGCCAAAGCCACUUACAGUGCAUUCACAUUGUAUCAGUUCAUGCAUUCCCUGGAAAUAAACA